AUGACUUUUUUACCCCAAUGUGCAUGCCGAGUCAAGUUUUGAUGCCAUAUUCUAUGUAAUAAUUACCAUAUCGCGUUGCUUGUUUUUCCUAACUUCAAAAGUGCACGCGUUCUUUUCAUCCUUAGCCUCUAGAAAGUACUUCAAAUACCAAACGUCAUUGCAUGAUGGUACUUGUUAGAGAAAGAGGCAGAUAAAGUCAUGAUAUAUGUCAAAAGCCUCAGCGUGAUUUAGUGUCAAGGAUUAGUGACUUAGAUAGGAGAUUUAAAGGGGCUAUCCACGAUUCCUUAUCCAUCCGUAAACUUUAAAACAUUUGAAAUAUAUGACUCAUGAGGUCCUUCUGUAAAAUGUUUAACCUUAAAAACAUUUCGCUGCAGAUUAUAUUUUAUUUUACAUAUAGCUGUCUGUUACACAGAGCACAUUUAAAAAAGGUUGCGGUCUAGGUGCUAACUCAUCUACAGUAAACACUACCAAUUCUUAAAGGCCCAGUGUAUGAAAUUUAGUGCAUCUAGUGGUGAGGUUGCGAAUUGCAACCAAUCGCUUACUCCACCCCUUCCUUUCGGAGCACUACAGAGCCUGGCACAGGACAAAGAUGUCAUCACGUUUUCGCUUCUUUGCCGAAGGAGAUAACGUAUUUAUGAAACACGCUCUGUAGAGCAGUUUGUCCGUUUAGGGCUACUGUGGAAACAACAUGGUGAAUUCCAUGCAAGGGAAUCCACGGUGUAUGUAGAUAAAAACAGCUGAUUUUAAGCGCAGUGUAUAGAGAUGGUGCUUGGCUACUGUCAGGAUGUGCCGUACAGCUACACCACAUUCCCCAACAUUGUGGGCCACCGGUCACGGCAGGACUUAGAGAUGGGUGCAGAGUACCUGCUCCUGAGUGUGAUCCAAGGCCUGCUGAAUGGCGAGUGUUCUCCGGAUAUCCGUCUCUUGGGUUGCUCGGUGCUGGCCCCCCGUUGCGAAGAUGGCAGGGUUAUAAAGCCGUGCCGCAGCUCGUGUGAGAUUGUGAAAAAGAGCUGCGUUCAUGCCUUUGAAGCCAUUCAAAUGGCAUGGCCGUACUUUCUGGACUGUGACCGAUUCUUUGUUGGUGAUGAGGAGGGUUGUUAUGACCCAUUGUCAGAUCUAAAAGCAAAGCAAGAAGUGGCCUUUUCCAACAUAUCUGAUGGUGGACUUUCCACUAUCCUCCAGUUCACUUACCAUUCUAACGCUCAGAUGUUCAGCAUCUUGAAGAAGACGGCAGCUAAAUGCUCCCAUAUCUCACGGGCAUACAGCAUCGGACGCAGUGUGGAAGGCAAAGACUUGCUGGUUUUUGAAUUCGCUACUAACCCUGGACAACAUGACCUAUUGAAGCCAGAGAUAAAGUUAAUUGGAAACAUGCACGGGAAUGAGGUGCUGGGAAGACAGUUGCUGAUAUACCUGGCUCAGUACAUGUGCUCUGAGUACCUGCUGGGCAAUGAGAGGAUUCAGGCCAUCAUCAACACCACACGUGUCCAUAUCCUGCCCUCCAUGAACCCCGACGGCUAUGAGAUCGCCGCUUCUGAGGUAGCCGAUAGGAACGACCCUGAAAACAUCUACCAGGAAGGUCAUGAAUACAAUGGAUGGACCAGCGGUCGGACCAAUGCACAGAAUAUUGAUCUGAACCGCAACUUUCCUGAUCUCACCUCCAUCUUCUACAAUCGCCGUCGCUUCAGACAUUUCCGUAGUGACCAUAUCCCCAUUCCUGACUCCUAUUGGAUAAAUAAGGUGGUUGCACCAGAGACCUAUGCUAUAAUGAAGUGGAUAAGAUCCAUUCCGUUUGUCAUAUCUGCCAGCCUGCAUGGAGGUGAACUGGUCAUCUCAUACCCGUUCGACUUCUCUAGACACCCCCACGAAGACAAAAUGUACUCACCCACACCAGAUGAGCAAAUUUUUAAACAGUUGGCUAGAAUAUAUGCAGAUGCUCAUGCUACAAUGUCCAACAAUGACACAGAGAGAUGUGGAGCCUCAUUUGCCAAUAAAGGAGGGAUAACUAAUGGAGCACAGUGGUACAGCUUUGCUGGAGGGAUGUCAGACUUUAAUUACCUGCACAGUAACUGUUAUGAGAUCACAGUGGAGUUGGGCUGUGAUAAAUUCCCGUCUGAGGAGGAACUUUACCCAGAGUGGCUCAGAAAUAAAGAGGCACUGCUCAGCUUCAUGGAGUCUGCCCACAGAGGUAUAAAGGGCAUUGUGAAAGAUGAACGCGGAAAUGGCAUUGAAGGAGCCACGGUAUCUAUUAAAGGCAUAAGGCAUGACAUCACAACAGCUGAGGAUGGAGAUUACUGGAGACUCUUGAACCCGGGUAUCCACAUUGUGACUGCGGCAGCUUCCGGCUACACCAAAGUAACCAAGCGCAUUAACCUACCGAGGAGCGUGAAGGUGGGUCGGGUGGACUUUGUGUUGAAGAAGGUCCCUCAAGAACCCUCUCUCGACUACUUUAACAUCCCUGAACUGGACAACUAUGAGCGUUUUGAUCCGUUUAAUCAGUUCGAGCAGUACACCCAGAGAGAACUAGGAGAGAAUGGUGAGGAAAGGACUGAGAAGCCUUGGUGGUGGGCUUAUUUCAGCCAGUCAGGCAUAUCUGCACCUACCUGGCUCCUACGAAACUACUAGGGCCCAUCAGGGCACCACUGGAAAGCAAUCCGAUCCCUUAAUUUCUGUUCAAGCCUUACUUGAUGAUACUGUGUUUUAUUCAGUUUGUUUCUUUUAGUGCACAUUUUUAUAUCACUUGUUCAAGCACAUGGAUUGCAUGACUUAUGGCUGUCAGUAAAAUAUAGCAGUAUAUUUCAUUUUUAUAAAAACACUUAAAAACACUUUUUUGUUGUUUUUUAUGGGUUUUCCAUUUCAUUAGCCAUUAGUGUUGGGUUAUCUUAAAUGUUUAAAAUGGCUUACCUAGACAAAACAUUAAGCUACUGUAUAGAAAACACUAUGCAUUAAUUUACAAUAUAUACAAAGUAGUAUUUAUACAGUUAGGGCCAUAAAUAUUUAGACAGAGGCACAUUUUUUGUUAUUUUAGCUGUGUAUCAAUAUGUUUUCGAGUUACAGUUUUAUAAUAGAUAUUGUCUUAAAGUGCACACUCUCAGCUUUAUUUAGAGUGUAUUCACAUCCAGAUUAGCGCCUCCCUUUUUCAAGGGACCAAAAGUAAUUGGACAGUUGAAUAAAAAGCUGUUUUAUUCACAUGUAUGGGCUUUUCCUUAAAUAAUUUUGUCAUAAAUGAAGCAUGUUAAAGGUCUGGAGUUGAUUCUACAUGUGGUGUUUGCAUUUGGAAGC